AUGGAAAAAAAAAAAAAAAGAAAAAAACAAAAAAGUCACGAGCCGAAGACCAGAAGCGAGCCCUAGUAUUGAUACUGAUCCCGCGCGCCACGCUAUGUUUCGAAUCGCCCCAACUCUCCCUCCACAAUCUUCCCGCCUCUCCUUCCCUCCCUCUCUCUUUUUAACCCUAUCUCUUCCCUUCUCUCUCUCAGAGUCACAUUUCCUCUCUCUCUCUCUGUGAAAUCUUUAACCUGUCUGAAGCUCCAUUUCUCUCUUUCUCUUUCUCUCUAUCCUCGAUUUUUCUUUCUCUUCCAUUUCUCUCUAUCUCUCUCCGCCAUGAACCGGAGGUCUCGAUCCCAUCACAGAUCGUCCCCAAACCGGACCGAACCAUUUCUCAAGUUUCUUAAGCCCGGUGCACUGGCUCAAAUCAGAGACUCGCGCAUAAGCGCCAGAUCGCACCGGGUGGUCUCUUUGCUUCAGAUCCGCACUUCGCCUCCUUCAUCUCCGCCGUCCACUCCCGGUCAACCUCCAGCCAACGCGAUGGACGGUUUCCCUUGCUUCUCCGCUAGGAUCUAUGGCCCUAGGUGUCCUCAGAGGAAGAAGCUCGUUGCUGCUAAGUCCGUCUUGUUUCCCAGUCAAAAUCCUUCGAGCCCUGUACAUGAUUCGCCCGAUCCGCUUAUCGAUGUCUUCAGUGCUGAUAUUGUUGCUGCCCAUUGAAUGAAGACCUGCUUCAAUCUGUGAAGUUUUCUUCUUUUUUUCAUUUUUGUUUUAUUGUAGAUUAAUUCUCUAUUUGUAGUUGGAUCGUACUUUUUAACGCAAAAAAAUGUGGAAAAUUCCUUUAGAUACAAUUGAAUACCA